AUGGCGUCCCGGCACGCCUCUCACUCUGGAUCAUGGUACUCAGAUAGUGCUCGCACUUUGGGCCGUCAGCUAGAUGGCUGGCUGGCGCAGGUACCGGACACCAUGGAGAAGGUCGGCUUGCUACCAACUCCUGGAGCUAGAGUGAUCAUCGCACCGCAUGCGGGUUAUUCGUAUUCCGGACCAUGUGCAGCCUACGCCUACAAGGCACUGGAUAUCUCUAAAGCCAAGAGGAUCUUUAUAUUGGGGCCAUCUCAUCAUGUUUCACUUUCCACGCUGGCUCUACCAACAUUGACUUCCUACCGCACCCCUCUGUCCGAUGAACCCCUCCCACUAGACACCGAGCUGAUUAGCCAGCUCUUCGAAACACAGGCAACCAGAUAUGAUGGAUCAAAGGUUAGCUUCACACUUAUGUCGCGCUCUGUCGAUGAGGAUGAGCACAGUAUCGAGAUGCACCUACCCUACAUCCACCGCUUGCUACAACUACAAUUCCCAGAUACUGCGACCUCUGAAUACCCACUUCUAGUCCCAAUCAUGGUUGGAAACACAUCGGCCGCAACAGAACAAGCCUUUGGCACCCUUCUAGCCCCUUACCUAGCUGACCCGUCCAACGCCUUCGUUAUCAGUUCAGACUUUUGUCACUGGGGUUCACGGUUCCGCUACACAUAUUACGUUCCGCAGGCCCCCAAGCCAGGACCACAACUCCCUUUGUCUAGUGAUGCACUCCCGCAGCCGGGAACAGAUACCAGCAGCGUCGAUCAGAAUAUCGAGAUGGUAUCAGCUGGUCAUGCUUUGCGGCAACGCGAUCGUAUCUCGAGCCGUGACCCUGCCAUUCACGAAAGUAUCUCAGCAUUUGAUAUUGCGACCAUGGCUGCUAUCACGACAGGCUCUGCAAAAUCUUUCCUCGACGUGAUUGAUCGCACAGGUAACACGGUAUGCGGGCGGCAUCCAAUUGGAGUAAUCAUGGCGGCCUUGGAAGUUGUCACAGCAAGUCUGCCGGUUGACAAGCAAGGGCGCUUCUACUUUUUGCGAUAUGAGCGCAGUUCGGACGUGAAAGAAGUCAAUGACAGCUCAGUUAGCUAUGUCUCUGCGUUUGCGGUGCUCUAA